AUGUCAUUGGUAACAGGUUUCGACGAUCUAACCGAUUUAGUAUUGAUCGAGUUGUUCUCUUAUUUAUCAUCGACGGAUAUUCUUUGGGCAUUUACUAAUCUUAAUCAUCAGUUAACAAUGUUAAUAACUGAACGAAACUUUUUUUCUAAUAUUAAUUUAUCAAAUUCACGUUAUGAUCAAUUUAAUAGAAUAAUUCGUUAUCUUCCAUUGGAUAAUAUUCUAUUACUUUCAAUUGAUAGUGAUGCAUCUCCACUUCAGUUAACUCUUUGGCCUUAUUUGCCUCGUUUGAGAACUUUACGUAUUUUUGGUGCAUACAAUUAUGAUCAUCUUUUAUUGUUUCUUUUGCUUCAUGCAGCUACGCUAAAUAAUCUUAUUAUAAAACCAAACGAAAGAUUAAUUCCAGAUGGUUCUACGCUAAAAUUCGAUUAUCCAAGAGGGACAAUGUUGACAUUAAUAAAUAAUUUUCUUUUUAUUCAUUUACCUUCGCUUCGAUCUCUCGACUUGGGCAUGGAUUAUUACAUAACACGUUGGCCUAUGACUGGUCGAAUAGUUCCUUUAAAUUAUCUUCGUCUUUCUCUGCCAAAUAUAAAUGUUUUAAUUCGUCUUAUGUCAACCUCACCACUUAACGAAACAUUACGUGAAUUACACAUUAAAAUAGGUAAUAGUCUUUUCAAUGGUCGUUCUCGUGUACCAAUACCCGAUCUAUCGGUUAAAAUGAUUAAUUUACGUAGAUUUACUCUUGUUCAAACAUUUUUCUCAAUGUUAACUAUUGAAUGGAAAAUAUUCGAUAUGUUGACAUCGUCGAAAAUAAUGCCUGUUCUUCGGCAUGCCAAUGUGUCGAUUUUUAUUAAUAUAAAUGAUUUAAAUUCUAUAUCUUCAUCAUCAAUUUUUAAUGAUUAUCGUCAUGUUGAUGUUAAUUUCGCUUUCCAUCUUAUUAAUUGUCAUGAUUAUAUUAAAGUUAGUCAAUAUAUACCAAAUGGUAAUUAUUAUCAUACACGUGAAACAAUCGGUGCAACAUUUAUUGUUAAUGGUUGGUCUCAAAGAUCACAAUGGAUCACUGAUGAAGAUCCUUUUAUUCGUGGACGUGAAUACAAGCAUCAUAUGUGGUAUACUCUUCCAUGGUCAUUUGACGAAUUAUUUCAUGAAUAUGUUCCAUACAGAUGGAUUACCAAGGCACAAGUUUUUAAAAUAUCUUCAAAUCUACUAACUGUUCACCAAUCAUCUCUUCGUACAUUAGAUGCAUCAGGUCAAACAUUAUCAUCAUCUAUAUGCAUAUUACCUCAAGUGGUAUUAUAUGAUUCGAUUGAAACAUUGCACUUAUCCUAUUCAAAUAGAUAUUUUUCUAUAGAUUUAUCUAAUCUUCGUAAUAUAACUCUUGUUAAUAGUAUUAAUUGUCUUAAUGGUUUGUUAUUUUCCGGAACAAUUCAUUCUAUUCGUAUUCUUCAGUUUUUAACUUAUCCUAAUUAUAAGUCACUAAAUUGGCCAACGAUUUAUCAUUCACUUUCAACUUUACGACAAUUGAGUUCAUUACGUAUAUUUAUGUAUGAUUUGCUAACAGAUAUCGAUGAUAAAAAUUGUGAAAUAAUCGCAAAGAUGGCAUCAUUGGUUAUUGACUUUGGCUUUUGUUUUCGAUAUAAAUUCAGCUCAACAGAUGCUGAUGUAUUGACACCAACAUUCAAAAUUCAAGCUAAAUCUAUCAAACAAAUAUGUCAUUAUAUGCUAUUGUCUGUUGACAAUCACCCUUAUUAUUCAGUUGAAGAUGAUGGAUGUGGAAUCUUUAUCUGGUUUUAA